UUGAUCUUGAGCUCGUGAGUGAGAUUGAGAGGCAACAAGCCCUACAUCCCCGACGAGCUAAAUGACCCCACCGUGUAUCCUGAGGUACUCGCCGCCUUUGAGGACGCCCAAGCCAAAUACAUGGCGAAAUUAUUAUGUCGUAGGACAGCUCUCUUCACUUCUCAAUAUAGGCGCGUGGACGCACCUUCGUGCCUGUUUCAUCAUGAGCACCUUCAUCCCAUCCUUGAAGCUGCAAAAAGGGCGGUGCUUCAGGCCGCUAAAUCCGUCAUCAGGCUCUCAUCCUAUCUCGAGGGGGAGCCGCUGACAAACUGCUGUGGUUUGUGGAUUGACUGGGACAGGGAGAGCAAAACAGGCACCAUUUUGACGACUGCACAUCUCAUUCGCUCAAAGCAUCCCAUGGAAGACAACUGGAUAAGUAGAGAUGAGUACGAUAUUAAAGCCAAUGUUACUGUUCACUUGCGCGACGGCACCACCGCAGAAGGCCACUACCUCUACCACCAGGAGCAUUAUGAUCUUGCAAUUUUCAAGGUUAAUUAGAGUAGAUGAGCCGGUCCAGCUCCCCUCUUUUAAUAGCAGCGUGCAUUGUGGUCAAGACGUUUUCCGACUUGGAAGAGAUCAAAGUAUGGAUUUGAGGAUAACACAUGGUAGAGUGGAAUAUUGGAAUCCAGCAAGUAUUGAAAGAUAUCACUACAUGUACUUUCUCCAUGAACAUGAUGACUAUCUGUGUGAUGGCGAUGGAGGGGCCGUCAUUGAUUUGGAUGGGAAGGUUGUGGGAUUGAUUAACAAUCACCUUAGCGCUUCUUUUGUACCAUCUUCUAUUUUGGACAACUGCAUUGAUUUGUGGAGGAAGUUUGGGUGCAUCCCUCGGCUCCAUCUUGGAAUGAAGUUUGAUUCCAUCAGGCUUCUAGACCCUAUUAAUGUUGAGAGGAUGUGGCGCAUGCAUAACAUUGAGGAAGGCCUUAUUGUUGAAAAGGUGUCAAAAGAAUCACAUGCCGAGAAACUUGGAAUCUUCUUUGGUGAUAUUAUUGAAUGUUUUAAUGGAGAACACAUUUAUACUACCAUUGAGUUGGAAAACAUGUUGCUGGGCAGAUGCAAGGACCAUUUUGAUCAAGGAAAGAAAUUGAAUGCCAAAAUAGAUGUUUCAAUUCAAGUAUUCCACACGGAUGAACGUGUUAGAAGAACUAUAAAUUUGAAUGUAGAAGUAUCAGAUCAUGGAGAGGUCAUUAGAGAAAGUAAACAUCAUAGUGUAGUAGAUUUUGUUGUGAAUCUUAAGUUAUCACAUUUCCCUCUGCUGUAGAUUCAGUGUGGGUUAACUCAAACUUGAAGAUCAUUUUUAUUAUACACAAUAGAGUUGUAGAUAGUAUUCCUGGAAGGUCGUACCUGCGAAUCGAGGGGCCAAUGUGAAAUCUUAAAUUACGCAUUAGAGAGAGGAAAAUGUAAUUCAGAAAAACACAUUAUCACUAGCUAACUAUCGUGCUUUGCUAUUGUCCAUACACAAUCAUAUUAAGAAAUUGCUCACUAUGUUGGCUUGCUCAUCUGAGUUCUACUGGACCUUGUCAGGUCUCCACUUUCGAGCCCUCAGUCGGCAGCUGCCCCUAGCCCCCUAGUUCUUACUUCUUCUUUGUGACUGUGUCAUACUUUAUUUUGCUAGAGAUAUUUUAGGGGCUGGCAUUUACAUUUGUUCUUUUCUUUUCUAGACUUUUCAAUUAGCAAGGUUGGCAACAUAGGUAUGGGACAUGGAUUACCACCACCAAUAUAAGCAAAGAUGAAAAUAAUCAUAACAAAAUUUUCCGAACAAUCAAAUCUUCUUAAAACAAAUAUAUAUCAACUUUUAGUUAUUGCUUUAUCAUUUAGCACAAACAUGUCAUGUUUUUCUGCAUUCCUUUAUAUAAUCAGGUUAUGAUCAGUAUCUUUUGUGUCAUCUUACGACAGGAGUAGGAGAUCAACCUUUUUAGUGUACAAAGACUUCUCUGUUACAGAUGCAACUCACUUGGAAUAUCCAACAUAAUUUUAAGUGCAGUUCGGUGUCAAUGAGCGAGGGAGGCACUGAGUGGGUGAGGGAGGGAAGAUUUGUAGGGGGGAAGUAAUCCUUGUUUAUAAACAAUUAAGUCCUCAAUUACUUCUAACCGUACUUAACAAAUACAUUGAGGUCCCAAUACAGGUGUGCAUCCAUUAGAUGUUCAGAAUAUUGAUUGAGUAACAUAAUAUUAUUAUUACAAUGGCGCAUGGACAUGUUUGUAAUUUAUGAUUAAUCCCCGGGAAAUGGCUGGUGUGCAACCAGCAUGGUUGAGGACAACGUUCUAAAACAUUUUUGGCGGAGAGAUAAUGUUUGUGCUUAUAGCUUCUCCUGCCUUGGUACUCUGUGCAUCAGCUUAGAGGUGCUUGAC